GUCUUUCCCAUUUAUUUAUUUGCAGGAUUAAUCUGAAGUAGCCACAUCUCAGGCCUCAACGGAAAACAACGGCACCGGGGCUGACUAAUAAACAAGGACGCAUUACAGAAGGGGGUGGGUGUUAGUGCGAUGCGUGGAAAUCGGCUGGCGCGGGGCGGGGACCCCAUGAAAACGCGCUCCCAACGACGCAAAGAGAAAAAGGAGAGGUUAUCGCAGACGAACCGGGUAAAGCGGCUGCAGAAACGCCUGGGGCGCAUCGCGUCGAGGAACUUCGCCCGCCAGGAGGACGCGCACUCGACCUCGCUGAUGGAGUCCUACAUCCUCAGGCGAAAGAAGGAGCGGGCCGAGCUGCGACUUAAGAAGGGCCAGGAGGGGGCCGAAAAAGGGCCCAGUCCCGCCGCGGGCGAGGUGGGAAGGGGCAAAGUUGUGAAGGGAAUGAUGGGGGCGAACGUCCCCAAGGAAGGCCCUCCGCCGAGAGGCCCUUCGCAUAGUACCAGCGCCCGUGCGAGUCGUGCGGGAAAGGGGAGUUUGAAAGAUUCGCAUCGAGCGAAUUUGAAAAGAGGCUUUACCCAAGCGCUCUACUAA